GAUUGCUAUUUCUUCCGGCUUUCGGGAAUAAUCCGAAGGAGUCACGAUGAGCGAGGUGUUCGAAGGCUACGAACGGCAGUACUGUGAGAUCUCGGCAUCUCUCUCGCGGAAGUGCUCAUCGGCUGCUGUUCUUAACGGAGAGCAAAAGAAGCAGAAGAUUUCCGAGAUUAAAUCCGGAAUAGAUGAUGCGGAAGCUUUGAUUAGGAAGAUGGAUCUGGAGGCGAGAAGUUUGCCGCCAAGCGUGAAGGCUGGAUUGCUUGCAAAGUUGAGGGAGUACAAAUCUGAUCUGAAUAACUUGAAGAGUGAGCUCAAGAGGAUCUCAACUGCUAAUCCUAACCAGGCUGCAAGAGAGGAGCUGUUGGAGUCUGGGAUGGCGGAUACACUUGCGGUGUCUGCUGAUCAAAGAGGAAGGUUGUUGAUGUCAACAGAGAGACUGAAUCAAUCUUCUGAAAGGAUCAAGGAGAGUAGAAGAACUAUGUUGGAGACAGAAGAGCUUGGUGUUUCAAUUCUUCAAGACCUCCAUCAACAACGCCAGUCUCUCUUGCAUGCUCAUAAUACACUACAUGGGGUGGAUGAUAACAUUGGCAAGAGCAGAAAAAUCCUGACGGCCAUGUCCAAAAGAAUGGACAGGAACAAGUGGAUAAUUGGAGGCAUCAUUGCCGUACUUGUGUUGGCCAUUCUUCUAAUUCUGUACUUCAAGCUCUUUCACUAAACAUUGCUACGGAAGAUUUCUUUAUGUGAUCGUCCCAUGUUGGUUUAACAAUCAACGAGUGAUGUACAAUUGGCUGGCCCUAUGUUCUAUCUGUUUUCCUUUCAGUCUCUGAGUGUAUCUAAAACUGGUUUGUUUUUACGGAACAACUUUAUUUUGUGUGGUUGUUUCAUGAUAUAUGGUGCAUAGGUGGUUUAAGCUUGAACAAUCCUGGAGAAUCUUAUACAUAUCUGAGUGCUCCUUAAUUUC